AUGGCUUUUGUUGCGGAUCAAUUCUUCUCUGAUAUGGAUGCGACAAAUCUCAAUGAAUGGGUUGACUUCGAUCAAUUCCUCGAUCUCCCUUCAGGCUACGACGACCAGUCGACUGCCACCACUGUCUCACCUCAGGACCUGGCUCUGCCUUAUGAGGCAGAUGGGAUGUUCAACUCGCCGUCUAAUUUCAUGGAAUCCUCCUUCGAUAUGAUCAAUUAUGAUCUCCCACAACAAGAUUUUAUGGGAAUGAAUGGAGGUUUCAUGCAGGACCCGGCUGCUCCUUUGUUCGAUGGUGCUGCGUUCUUGGGAUACAACCCAUACGACAGCAACAACACAUUCCGGAACCUGGUUGAGGCACAGGCUGCCGCCGACCCGCGAGUUGCUACUAUCAAGGAGAAGCGCCGUGAGGCAGCGAUAGCGCUGCACCUGCAGCGGCUUUGUGAUGCGACUGCUCUUGACUUGGAUAUGUCCUCAGACUCCAACACCAGCUUCUCAUCACCAAGCUGGUCAGAAUACGUUCGCGGGAGCAUCUCUCCGCGUCCUAGCCUAGAGAACACGUCUAUCUCCGAGGCACCUCCUCCAGGGGGCAUGGAGAUGGUUCUCGACUUGAACAUGAACGCCGCAGCCAAUGUGCCAAAGAAACAAAAGCCUCGCUCUCAGGCACAGAAGGAGAACUACAUCAAGGCUCGGAAGUACGGUGCUUGUGAGAAGCACAAGAAGCAGCACAAGCGAUGCAACUGCCUGGAGAAGGCUGCUGCUCGUGCCGCUGCCAGCGAUGUUCCGAUGAAUGCCGCACCCCAACAAAGGUCGAACCAACCGAUGCUCCAAGUUCCCAUCCCAGAGGCGCGUUACUCGGACUCGCCGGGUCAAGACACAUCAUUCAACUCACCUCAAGCGCUUCAAACCAUCCAGGCGAUCAGGAAACCAACACGCAGCUCAUCUGGGAUCGACCCAUCAGUGGGAUUGCCUGUUGUGGUACCAAUCGCCAAGCAGAUUAUCCGGACGAAUACUCGAAAAAGUACGCCGCCAGGACACGACAUUAUUCUACUAUCUGGCGAGCCAGAUUCCAAGAGCAUGUCGAAUCAAAACAACGUUCUACCGUCCAACAGAAACACCGCGAAGGCUCAGGCUGCAGGGCACAGCGCACUCCAAUCUGGCCAGAACAUCGCAAACAACUCAUCCGCGGGACACGAGAAACUCUACACACAAGAGAGGAUCUCAAAGAACGCAGGAAAUGGACAACCCCACGAUACAUGCAGUUCCAGUACAUCUCGGCCGGUUCACGCAGCUAGGCUGCCAAAUGGCAGCUCGAGCUUGCGCUGGCGCGCUUCGACCUCGUCGGUUGAUGUUGUAUGUUCAGAGAGGACGGACGUCCAGGUGACAUCCUCCGCUAACCAUCCAACUACCGGCGUCUGUCGCUCUUCGGGUCUGGAUAUGCAGCGAACAAGGUCUACCCGCACCAUGGAAAUGUUCCUGGUGCCAGGUACUGUUGCUGGAAACCUUGGAAUGCGCCAUUCCACGUCGCUCACGCGCAACUCUGGAAUCCAGGUGCCUGGGCCAGAUCACAGGAGAGUCUCAGAAGGACUUUCCAAGCAACUCGCAAUACUCUCUGGCUUGCAGUCGGUACCAAAGGAUCUACUGGUCUCACCGGCUCGGCGUGGAUCACCAGAUAUCUCUAGAAACGAAUUACCGGAUAACCUCGAGAAUCGGCCACUGCCCAUCAGCAGAAAAGGUCCCCUUGUUCCUCCCGUUGUUGAAAGCGUUGGCUGCCUGGUUUCCAGUGCUGCCUUGGCAUUUGCUGGUGCCUGGCAAUCAUCAUUGUCUCUGGCGUCUGAAUCUGAGGGCGUGGUCUACAAAUGUCUGUCUCUGUUCGGCCGACACAUCGUGUCUGUGAGGAAGGGCUUAUAUAUAGGCGGACUGCGGAACGCUUGGUGUCUAUGA